UAAUAAAUACGGUCUUUUGCUGACAUUUUCAUUGCACCCAAGUACGUGAUCCCAGCUGUUAUAGCAAAAGAGAAGUAAAAGGAUAUUCCUCGAGCCAUUAGCGUUUGGAUUCUAGUAAUGCAUUUUAACCUGUACCUUUUUUUAUUUUUAUUUCAGUUAGAGAGUCUACAAUAACAACGUGCGGUGGGUAUAUUCUAUGUAAUAUUAACUAAGUACAGCUUCUUUUUUACCGUUGCACCAAAGCAAAAAAAAAACAACAUUAAAUCGAUAUGAGAAAUAGUAAAAUAUUUAAAUUUAAAUAAUACUAAGUACAUGAUUUCAGUUAAAGAUCUAAGCGCUGCAUUUAAACGGAAAUCUCACUCAUUAGGAAAGGUGCUAUAGCGCACAACUUUCAGUGCUGGUCCUCGGUUAUUUUUCAAAUUUGUGCGAAUUUUGGGUCAUAAUAAAGUAACUUUUUCUUAAAAAAAAACUAAAACAAUACUUUAUUUAGUUCCGACAAUAAUGUAUUUUGAAAUCUGCAAUAUGUCUUAUUUGUGGCAUUCAUUAUUCAUAGCUAUUAAUGCUUUCUUCGUUUACUACUUUACACACGUUGUACAGCGAUCGCGUCUCAUUUCUGCUGAUGGCCCGUUAAAAGACUUUCUCAAAUCAAAUUUACACACCAUAAACGAAAAGUAUUGGCCAACUUUUUGGUGCUUAGGUGGUGGGCCUCAAACGUUGAUAGCAAAUGCAAUACGGGAAUUAGUUUUGCCUAAAAUUAAAUACAGGCGUGAAAUACUAAAAUUAAAAGAUGGUGGCGAACUAGGCUUGCAUUGGUUGGAGGAUGGAUGCAAAGAACAUGCACCUUGCAUCAUAAUCAUACCGGGCUUUAUAGGACACUCUCAAACGGAAUAUAUUAGAAGCUUGGUGAUGAAUGCCAAUAGAGCUGGUUUUCGGGUCGUCUGCUGUAAUUAUCGUGGUUUAGGUGGGGUGUCAUUAAAAACACCGCGACUAUAUACGCUGAAUUGCUACGAGGAUCUAUCAGAGGUGAUACGGCAUGUGCGUGAGAAGUUGCCAUCAGAUAGUAAGCUUGGCAUUGCCGCUGUCUCCAUGGGCACUUUAACGUUGGGAGCUUAUUUAGCGGACGAGAAAGAAGAAGCUAGUAAAUACCUUACUGCAGCUAUGAUGAUUUCACCGCCUUGUGACUUGAAGUUGGGUAUGAAGAGUAUGGAAAAACCUUAUUUCAAUAGGACGUUUAAUCAUGCAAUAAUGCGGGAAGUUUUAAAAUUAGUCAAGAACUAUACAAUUUUAAAGAAAUCAAAUAUUAAUUUGGAUCUUGUGCUUACGAGCAAAAAGAUCAGCGAUUUUAUAACAAACUUAUUGGUGAAAAGCUCAGUGUUUCCUACCUUAGAUGCAGCCUACGAAGAUGCAAAAUUACAUAAUAAACUAGAGAAAGUGUCAGUACCGCUGCUGUGCCUUUGUGCCGCCGAUGAUAUAUUUCAACCAAUCGAAGCCUUGCCAUUGGAAAUUGUACAGAAAAGCAAAAAUGUUGCAAUGGUUUUAACUGAAUAUGGGGGCCAUAUUGGUUUCCUCGAAGGCUGGUUGCCAUUUAAAAGUGCGCAAUACAUGGAAAGAAUUUUUGUUGAAUAUUUUACUAAAGUGCUCUUCGAUGAAAGCGGUUCAUUUCAGGCGAUAAAAAAUAACUAGACCAAAUUUUAAAAAUCAUGUAUUUCUGUUAAUUCAUGAGGAGAUGGUAAAGAUUGAUUGAUUAAUAUUUGUGAAGAUGUAUAGUUAAACAAAGUUUGCUUAUUUUUCAAAUCUAAUUUUUUUUUUUAAUAUUUUUUAUAGUUAAAAUUUAAUAGAAAUAAAAUAUAUAUAUUUAACUAUGCUCCUAGCA